GGAGGAGCGGUCAGCACCAUGAUGGUGUGUGAUACCUCCUGCACCAUCGGCAUGUCAGAUCCAGAUCCGUGUGAGCAUGUGACAGGAUUAUUGUGAUCAGGAUUAAAAUCACUCACGUCUGCAUGAUAUGAAAGACUGACCAUGAAGGCUAAGCUGUGGAGGUCAACGCUGCUGUGCUUCUCGUUGUUGUUACUUUCACACGAUGUUCAAAGUCAGACACGAAGAAACCAAACGCACAACUUGACCACAAAAGAUGGAAAAGUGCUGGUGUGUGCGUUGGAGUUGGCCUUCCUCCUGGACAGCUCAGAGAGCGCCAUGUUGCACCGUUUUGAGAAGGAGAAGAACUUCACGCGCUCGCUGGGUGCCCGGGUGAUGAAGAUGCAGGUUGGAGACUGGCAUCUGAUGCCACGUCUCGCCGCUCUCCAGUACAGUAGCUCCGUGUCCAUCGUGCAGAGCUUUUCUAACUGGCGUGACCUGGACCACUUCAUGAACAUUGUGUCCUCCAUGGCCUACAUUGGGCAGGGCACGUACACAUCUUACGCCAUAGGGAAUGCCACAGACCUCUUCGUACGUGAAACCGAUGACAAGAACGUCAGGGUGAUGCUGCUGAUGACUGACGGCUUUGACCAUCCACGGAGUCCUGACAUCCUGGCUGCAACCACUGAGGCCAAAGGUCACAACAUAAAGCUCUUCACCAUCAGCCUGACAUCACAGGGCAGCAAAAACAACCCCAAGCUACGAGCCAUGGCUAGCAGUCCGGCGCAGCAGUUCGUACACAACCUCAACGAUCCAGACCUUGAGGAAAGACUACUUGAGGAGCUCAGAAAAGUGGCCAACAGUGAAUGUCCACGAGUGCAAGCUUGUGUGUGUGAGAAAGGAGACAGAGGACCUCCGGGAAACCCUGGGAAAAAAGGAGAUCAGGGACCUGAAGGAAGGCCAGGACAAAAAGGUGUAAAGGGAGAAACUGGACCUGUGGGACCCCCAGGACCAUACGGGCCUAAGGGACAACCCGGAUACAAAGGUGAUAAGGGUGACCGAGGGGAAUGUGGAGCUCCUGGAUUAAAAGGAAAUAAGGGCAUUGAAGGACCUCCAGGACCGAGAGGUAUCCGAGGAGAGCAGGGUCCCCAAGGGCCACCAGGGGAGGAAGGACCUGAAGGACAGGAAGGCCCCAAAGGAGAUCGUGGACUUCCUGGUGCAACUGGACCUCGAGGGGAUAUCGGUGUUGGAUUUCCUGGGCCUAAGGGUGACAAGGGAAACCAGGGAAGACCAGGUCCUGCAGGUCCAAUCGGAACAGGUGAACCAGGCCAACCUGGACCACCAGGACUUCCAGGGCCUCAAGGGGUUCCUGGCUUCCCAGGAGAGGGGCUAAUAGGGCCAAAGGGAGAUCGAGGAUAUAACGGUUCUACUGGAGCACGUGGACCACCAGGUUUUGGCCUCAAGGGUGAAAAGGGGGAUGCUGGGCGUUUUGGGCCUCCUGGUCCUAUAGGACCCCCUGGAUUGGGAAUUCAAGGAGAAAAGGGAUCCCAGGGUCCAAUAGGUCCUCCUGGUCCCAGAGGGCUCCCAGGGAUAAGCGUCACUGGUGAAAAGGGAGACCAUGGCUUUCCAGGAGAACGUGGACCACCGGGACAGAAAGGAAUCGGACAGCCUGGAGUCAAGGGUGAGCCUGGCUUUUCAGGUGUCCCAGGAGAGCCAGGUGCUCCAGGCGAAGACGGUGCAAGAGGACCAAAGGGUGAAACUGGUCUUCCUGGGCCUAGAGGAGUAGAGGGACCACCUGGUAAAGGUCUACCUGGAGAAAAGGGAGAGCAAGGAGAGAGAGGAGCAAGAGGGCCACCAGGAGUCAUGGGACCAGUGGGUCCAGUGGGGACCAAGGGAGAACCAGGAGGUCUGGGGCCUCCUGGGGUAAUUGGACCUCCAGGAAGAGGAGUACCUGGAAGUAAGGGAGAUCCUGGAUCACCUGGACUUCCAGGACAUGCUGGAGAAAAUGGAAUAGGGUUCCCUGGGCCAAAGGGUGAACAAGGACUUCCUGGACCCUUUGGACCACCAGGUUUGAAGGGAGAUGGCUAUCCUGGACCACCUGGUCCUCCAGGCACCCAAGGACUACCUGGAGAGCCCGGUCCAGUGGGGAUAGGCUUUCCAGGACCAAAGGGUGAUCGAGGUUCUGCAGGUCCUCCAGGGCCAGUAGGACCACCAGGAAUUGGACGUUUAGGGCCAAAGGGUUCUAUAGGUCAGACUGGCCCACCCGGCCCACCCGGUGCCCCAGGAGAGGGAAUCCAAGGCCCAAAGGGUGAGCCUGGAUUCCGGGGAUUAGUGGGACCAAGAGGAGCCCCAGGAGAGGGUUUACCUGGGCAAAAGGGGGACCGUGGGUUUUCAGGAGUACGAGGACAUAAAGGGGAAAAAGGAGGACAAGGAGAACCAGGACAAACGGGGCCAGACGGUAGACCAGGACAAAAAGGAGAACCCGGUCUUACUAGAGAAGAAGUUGUCAAAUUAAUCAAAUCCAUUUGUGGCUGUGGGGUAACCUGCAGAUUCAGCCCCAUGGAGCUGGUUUUUGUGAUCGACAGCUCGGAGAGUGUGGGUCCCGAAAACUUCGAAAUCAUUAAAGACUUUAUGAACGGGCUAAUCGACCGUGUUUCUGUCAAGCCCAAUGUCACACAUGUUGGUAUUGUGCUGUACAGCCACAAGACUGAGGUGAUCAGCCAUCUGUAUCGACCCCUGAGCCGUGAUGAGGUGAAAUCUGCCGUACGCCAAAUGCCGUACAUGGGGGAGGGAACCUACACAGGAAGUGCCAUCAAUCAGGCCAAUCUUCUGUUCCGGUGGGCCCGCCCUGGAGUUCGUAAAGUGAUGGUGGUGAUUACAGAUGGCCAGGUGGACCAAAGGGAUGUGGUGAAGCUGGAAGAUGCAGUCCAAGAUGCACACUCCAGCAACAUCGAGAUGUUUGUCAUUGGUGUGGUGAAUCAGAGUGAUCCGUUUUAUGAGAGCUUCAAGAGAGAGCUGGAGUCCAUUGCCUCAGACCCGGAUGAGGAGCACAUGUAUCUGAUUAGUGACUUCAAGACACUUACCGCACUAGAGAGUAAGCUGUUGGCUAAACUCUGUGAGGACAUUGAUGGCUUGUUUGGUCAAACGCCCAGUCCUGAGGUCCUCCCUGUAACCCCUGGACUACCAUUUUACAAUGAGGAACUAUGGAGGAGAACAAUCACUGCACCCUUUAAAGCUGACCGCACACAGCCAGGAGCAUCUGGAGGAAUCCUAGACAGCACCAGUGCUCCAUUCUUUAAUGGAGAGAAAGAGAACACCCUGGAUGAUCUGUUGCACAUCACAUACAGUUCACACAUAGGAAAACCUUUACAGAAACCAGAACCAGACACCAGCAGCAGCACCACUGCAGAGCCACGCCUAAUACUGAUUCAGGAUGAAUUUAGUAAAGACGACUCCUGCCUGCAGCCGCUCGACCCCGGGCCGUGUCGCACGUAUGUGGUGAAAUGGUAUUACGACCCCAAGGCCAACUCCUGUGCUCAGUUUUGGUUUGGAGGUUGCCGUGGCAACCGUAAUCAAUUCGACACGGAGAGCGCCUGCAGGAAAUCCUGUGUCAUAAACUAAAUAGCUGACCAUUAAGUAAUGACAAAAGAAUCAAGGUUAUAAACCUUGUAAAUGAAGCAUUCAUAAAAACAGGGGGAAAAAAAGUUAACAUGUGAGUAAAUUAAUGUGAACCUCGACUGAUCGGCUUUGGAAUCAUAUAAUGAUGUGAUUUAAUAAUUUUAAGUGAUUAAAUUACUUAAAUAUAAACAUUUUAGGAGGAAGAGCUCACAAUGUGUCUAAGGAAUUAUUAGCAUAAACGAUUGAGUCGUCAUUUUGCCUUGUGGGCGUGGCUAAAUGUAAAGCAUCAGCUGAACAACAUACGCACAUGAGUACGAAAAAAAUCAGCGAUUUCUUGGUUUAAUUUGCAGAAAUCAUUUACACACAAAUUUGUUCAACAGGAGAUAAAUGAGGCCCAAUUAUAAUAUCUUAAAAUAUACACUUUUCUGCAUCAAUAUAAAGGUUAAUCUCCUUAAAUCUAUUGAAAACACUUGAUUAACAAGUCAUUUCAUCUGGCCAUCAAUGAAUCUCACUCUUUCCUUAGUUUAUCAUGAGUAUUAUGCAAAAUGCAAAGACAUAAAUAUUUGAAUACAAACAUAUUUAAUGUGUUUCAGAUUUGGAGCUGUAUUUCUCCAAAUGUCGAUCCUUAUAAUCUAAUUUCAUAACAUUCUCAACUAAAGUAGCGUUUGAUUAAUAACUAGGAAUCAAUUACAAGUUCCUGUCUCGCAUCAGAUUCUGUGGACGACGUUGUUCAUCUGCCUCACUUUUAUCACUUCUUUAGUGAUAAAAAUCUUUUAAUGAAUAAGCUGCAUGUUACAUGUGAAAAGAAAAGUUAUAUCAGAGCACCCUGCUCUGCCUUUAAAUCAUUUAAAAGAAACAGAAACCAACAUCUGGACCCUGCCCACAGGAUGUAGGAAAAAUUACUUACUGAAGAUUUAUAUUAGAGUGCAUAAAUAAAAGCCGGAUGAUGAUGAUGAUGAUGAUGAUAAUGAUGAUGAUGAUGAUGAUGAUGAUGUCAAGGCCUCAGCUGCCAUAUUUUAUAUUCAUCCUGGAUGAUGAUUGGCCAGAAGACAGAACCUUAUAAAAUUACGUUUAUAUGUGAAUUUGCAGGUAAAGGUUUUCUAUAAAUCCAUAAAAUAUAUAAUCCAGUGAUCCUUGCUGAUGUCAGAAACGAUCCCAGAUAUAUGUAUUACUCUAUUAACGUCAAGUAAAUUCAGCAUUAUUGGAUCAUAGUCUGGGUCACGGGUUGGUCUUUAACACUGAACAAAAAUUCAUUUUUGGCUCAUAUAACAUAAAAAUGUGUACAAUUUCAUCUCCAACGCAUGAUUUCAGGAUUAAUAGACAGAACCAAGUCGUUUUCUGGUAACAAGAAGAUUAUUAUUAUAAAUCUUUAAACACUGAAUCACAUAAAUCCUUUUAAUUAUUAAGUUUCACAGCUACUUUAUUCUUUUUGCAUAUUUACAAAUGUUUCUUGCUAUAAAUAACUCAUUAAUAAGCUGUAGUUUGUAAUAAAUAAGCUGUGAAUAAGCUGCAAUUUUCAAUAAA